AUGACUCCACCAAGCUCGACUGCACCCAGCGUACACACCCCAAAGAUGGUCAUAACCACAUUGAAAAUUUGUGAUUUGAUGACCAGUGCGGGAUUUUCUCCAAAAGAGUUUAUGCUCACUUUCUUGUCCUCCACCGAUAAAGAGCUUGUUAACCGGCGCCGCGUAAUGAAGGCCGGUUUGGGUACCAAGGGAACUCGGUCCAUAGUGAAACACUUUGCUAAACUGACAACCUCUUGUGCAUCAGGUAAGGACAGUUGGGAAGCCAUCAUCUUGGAGCAGGCGUCAGCAAUAGUGAACGAUCAGGACAUGCAGCAAGGGUAUUUCCCAGCGGGGUCAUAUACUAGCUCAAACCAAAUUCCGGCGGACUCCUUCAGCGAGGGGUCAGAAGGCCUGCGAGCGCACCAAGUCAAAACCGGGAUGAAAUUCCUUCACAGCCUGAUCCAUAGCAAACUCUCUCUGGCUUUGAAAACAAAGAAAUCGGCCCCAGAUGAUGACGACGACAAGGACGGCCAGGGCACUGUGACCCCAGAUCAGACCGCUCCAACAGACGAAGUCUCCAUCGAUGGUCUUCCCGAUGAGGCCACGAUUCUGUCGCUAGAAAACCUGGUAUUUGUGCAAUCCACACCGGCAGACGUAGCCGCGCACAAGCUCGAAAAAUAUUCUGCAAGCAAUGGAGCACCUGCGCGCGUUACAAGAGGAACACAUGAUGGAUCUGUUCAAAUGAUCAAAUCCCAACUCGCCAAAGCUCUCCAAGAAAGUGCAACUCAUAUCUUACCUGCAGGAUUGAGCAGUGCCAAACUGCCAUGCCUCAAAACCAAACCGCCACCCAUCAAUCAAAUCGAAAUGCAUCAGCCCAAUAUCCAUUUACUGCGCAUGAUGGAUGCGCCGGACUCCUCGGCCGAUGGCGUUUCACGAGUCCUUGACGCGGUAAUGGGCCAAAUUGGCAUGGACAAGGAGAAGUAUGCCAAGAGGGUUCUCAUUGCCGGUGGAGAUGUCGGGUCGAACCAACUCCUUGAGAGCCUCCGGGUGAAGCGAUUCCCGCCGGUGAAAGCGCUAGAGGGAAUUGAUUGGAUUGUGCAUAAAGCGACGCUGUCAUUCAUCAUGAAGCAUAUUGCCAAAACCUAUUCCAGAAAAGUGAUCGAGGGCUUGGAAGAUGUUGAUCUUACCACCGAAGCAGGCAUUGAGACGCUAUUCGACUCCGUUUGGAACCAAUACUUUGACCGUUCGGCACUUGCUUCCGCGAGGACCAACGGAGAUCAUACUUGA